AUGUCGCCCAUGAAAAACAACAAUAAUCAAUCCAGUAGUAAUCAUGGCGAGGUCGUUGUCCGUCAGGCCAACGUCCUUGCCAGCUGCUACAUUGUCGACACCGCCGGCCUCCUCAAGGGCCUCCACUACUGCACUACCGGGGCUACCGGGGCAGAGUGGAAGCGCGGCAGCGCCAGCAGCAGCAGCAGCAGCAGCAAGAGGUCCCGACGAGGGGGGGCAGCACUUUCAAUCAGGGAAGAAUGUGAGAGAUUCUUUUGCGAGCGCAUGUCGGCCGUGUUCCAGGGUGAGCGGAACGCGGAUCCGAAAGCCUCGGGCCUGAUGGGUGUUCACGCGCUGCUACCGACGCCGCCCAACGACAACCCGGACGCCAGCUACUUUGGCGGCAGGGACGGCUUCGCCGCCGCCAAAGCGCAGCUCGGGGUCCAGCGCCACGACGACGUUGCCGCCUCCGGCACGGUCGUCACGGCCUGGCUCGAGAUCUGGGACUUUGCCGGCGGCGCCAGCUUCCGCGCCUUUGUGGGAGACGACGGCCUCGAGAGGUCCCUGUUCGUCUUCUUCGAUGGCAACGUUGUCGGUGUCGACUUGAAGAAAGCUCUCAUGGCUCUCAUCGAGUUGGCCGACACGCCGCUCGAAUGCCAGCACCUGGUGGUCUGCCUCGACCGCCGCAUCGAAGAGCGCGAUGCAAAGAGUCUCAUGAAGAGCCUCCAGUGGGUCGGCUUCGAGCUCACAACGCUCGACAACUGGGCCAAGGACCUCGACGUCACGAGCAAGGAAUGGCUCUUCAUGGGCAUGGAGCUGUAG